AUGGCGGAUGAUCGAAAUUACGACGUGGACGAUUAUGGGAUGUCAUACAGGAAAAAUCCCCCGCGAACUCGCAAGAAAAGUAGAUACUACGAAGAAUACUAUGAGGCAACUCCGCAAUACAAGUCAAGGGAUUCUCCGCGCAUCUAUUCUCCGAUUCGACCAAUUCAACCAGACGAUGCGCACAGAGUGAGGCGAAAUCCUAAGCAGCAUAAGGGAAUGCCCAGCUCCGUCGGCUGGCGGAAUACUUACGCUAAUCCUGAACGACGCACCGCUCAGGGCAAUGCAGUCCGACUUCGAAAUGUUUUGAAGCUCCCAAAAGCCCAUAAAUGGGUUUUUUAUGAAUGGCUUUACUCCAAUUUGGAUAGACCACUGCUACUAAGCGAAAAUGAUUUUCGCAUUUGUCUUCGCGAGAACUUUCCAAAUGUUAAAACCCGUCGCUUAACACGGGCGCAUUGGUCUCUAUUACGUCGAUUGAUGGGGAAACCUCGACGCUGCUCAACGUCCUUCUUUGAAGAGGAGCGGCGUUCGUUAAACGAAAAGCGUGAAAAGAUUCGCACAUUGCAGGCAACUCGCUCAGUACAGCUGGAGUUUCUUCGUGAUCUGCCCGACGAUAUGCAUGUUCCUAUGCCCCUUAUCAUUGGAACAAGAAUUAAUGCUCGUGUACGUUUUCCGACAGAUGGUCUCUAUCCUGGCAAAGUUGAUGCUAUCGAUUCUUUGCGUCAUUGUUAUCGCGUCACUUUCGACAGACCUAAUUUGGGCACUCGGUCUAUUCCCGAUUAUGAGGUGAUUAGCAUUGACCCUCAGGAGACCAUCCCUCUCUCGGCGUACAAGACGCAACACAAAGCUAGUCGUAACUUGUUUAUGAGUCCUGCCAGACUGUUGGCUCAGUCUGCUCUACAGGGCAAGAGACACAUGCAUCACCACAAAAUUGCCCACGCCGUAGGCAGCACCACUAGCGAUUUCGGCAUUAACGAUUGUCCUCUGUGUCAAGCUGGUGACGGUACAUCUCCCUCCACUUCAAUUAAAGCGCCCUCUAUGGGCGAGAUGACUUCUGGUAUUGGAGGAGCGGCUCUUUCACUCAAUGAUCCUUCGAGCAGCGGUGGGCGAUUGUUGCUCAAUGAAUCUGACAUUUACGGAGGCUAUCCGAUGAAGUUCCUCGUCAUGGUGACAAAGCUGUCAAAGAUUCUGGAGGUGAAAAAGAUGUGCGUGGAUGAGUUGCAGGACUUGAAUACCGAGGCAGAACGAAAAAUCUCCAAUCAGUCGGAAAUAUCUGUCGAGUUUCAGCACAAGUAUCUCACGCUUAUCGUUCACUUGGAGCGUCUGAACAGGGAACUCAAUCAGUAUCUUAUCCACGUUUUGCAGUAUGCUAACGAAAUUGCACAAGAGCACGGCGUACCACCCCUGGAACAACCGGCCGACUUCAAGCAACGCUGUGACGAGGACGCCUAUGACAUUGUAAACCGUGUGAAAAGCAUCCAGGUGCAGCGAUUGCGCAACAUGAAGAAUAUGGACCUUAUCACCAGACUAACCGGCAUUCUCGUGCAAAUUCGCUCCCUCAGUGAGCAGGACAGUGUCACGCCCGACUGUUCCAGCGUUCUUGACUCUCUCCGGGAUCUAAAAACCACUCUGCACUCUAGCAACAUUCACACCUUCGAGGAUAUGCUGGAGGUGAAGAUUCACCAUGUGAUGAGUGGACUGAACACACAAGGGAAUUUGCACGCCUUCCUCUACAUGCAUCCCAACCACAUGCAGUAUGUUUGA